AUGAGUGGCGGAGAUCUCCGCAGACCUCCUCAAGUUCUCAACUUUCAGGUCCUUCACCGUCGUCCGAUGUCAAAACAGAUCUCUGGCCAUUUUCUAGAGAAUGGGUUUUGGCAGAAACCUCCAUUUCUAUUUGGUACAUCACGUUGUUGUAGGAGCAGGAUUGAAUUCUUGAACCUUCUAGACGCUAGCUUUUCUAUGUUUUUGCCUCCAACUAUUUUGGCUCCGUCGCCUUAA